AUGGCCUUUCAAAAUGCCGCUCUUCGGCAGUUGCACCCCAAACGUCCCAGGCAAUUUCCAGUUGGUUUGACGGCUUUGGCGGUGGGCUUUGCAGCUGUGGUGUCGCGAACUUUCAUUACAAGUAACUACCCAGAACUAGGCAGACGCAUCACGGUCAACCGGUCCAGCUUGACACCAAACUUCCUUCGACAGCUCACGAGCCUCAAGGCGAUCUCUCCACGCGCCCACUUGCUCUCAACUUUCAUCACACCGUCGUCACCAAUGUCCCUCACACCUCCAUUCCCCCCACCAGGAUGGCAAGAUACUCCAGAGGACGUCCUACGCAUCACAAAGGAAAUCAUUGCUAAGGACCGUGCCAUUGACGAUAAAGUUGGAGCUCUUACGCCAGAGGAAUGCAACUUCGAAUCGGUAUUCGUUACUCUUGCCAACGCGGGCACAGAUUUCGAAGUAGUCACCGAGCCUCUUUCAUUCUACCAAAACGUUUCUCCUUCAAAAGAGCUGCGCGAUGCCUCGACAGAUGCUGAUGGCCUCAUUCGUGAAUAUGGCGUCGAGUCUUCGAUGCGUGUCGAUGUAUUCAAAGCCAAACUCGCAGCGGAAAAGAAUAUAAAGUCUAGUGGGGUUUGGGACCAGCUCUCUUCAGAGGACCGUCGCCUCAUCGAUAAAAUGGUGCUGGAUGGAAAACGCUCAGGUCUGGGAUUACCGGAAGAUAAGCAAGCUAAAUUAAAGGAGCUCCAGAAGGAGCUCUCCAAAAAAAACUUCAACGAGGAGAAAGGCUUGAUUAGUUUUACCAAGGAGGAGCUUGACGGCGUACCCGCAGAUGUCAUCUCGGGCUACACAAAACGGACCGAAGGCACCACUGAGCUCUAUGACGUGACGUACAAGACUCCGGACAUUUUCCCCGUAUUCAAAUUCGCCAAUAAUCCAGAAACGCGUCGAAAGGCCUAUGAAGGACACGAAUCACGUUUGGCCAUCAAUGUUCCUUUGGUCGACAGAUUCCUGGCCCUGCGUCGUGAGAUUGCAAAGGUCCUCGACUACCCAACAUGGGCAGACUAUAUUACCGAGGUCAAGAUGGUCAAGUCUGCCAAAGGCGUGAUUGAUUUCCUUGACGAUCUCGAAAACAAACUCAAACCGGUGGGCAAGAAAGACAGAGAAACUCUCUUAGCAUUAAAAGAGAAGGAUCAUGCAGCACGCGGGCUUCCUUUCGAUGGCCACUUCUACAUCUGGGACUAUCGCUAUUACGAUGAAAAGUACAUCCAAAGCUCGCUGGAUCUGGAUGAUAUGUUGGUCAAGGAAUAUUUCCCGGUUUCUGUUGUGGUCCCUGCCAUCAUGGAAAUCUACCAAAACAUGCUCGGAGUUCGCUUUGAGACCAUCAACGGCACAACUUGGCAUCCAGAGGUUCAGCAAUACGCAGUAUGGGAGAAGGAUGCGAAGGACCAGAGUGGAUUCUUGGGUUACUGCUUCCUCGAUCUAUUCCCUAGAGAGGGUAAAUAUUCGCACGCAGCGGUCUGGCCGAUCUUUUCUGGGUAUACAGCACCGGACGGAAAGCGUCGGUAUCCGUUGACUGCCAUGGUUGCCAACCUGGCCAAGCCCACGCCCGACAAGCCCGCUUUGAUGCGACACGACGACGUGGUCACCUUUUUCCAUGAGAUGGGCCACGUAUUCCAUGGCUUGCUCUCUCAGACCAAGUUUGCACGUUUCCAUGGAACGAAAGUUGCCCGCGAUUUCGUAGAGGCGCCAUCGCAAAUGCUCGAGAACUGGUGUUGGGAGCCUGAGGUCCUCAAACAAAUGUCAAGACACUACAAAACUAACGAACCUCUUUCGGGUGAUCUGAUUGAUAAGAUAAUCAAGAGUCGCUAUGUGAAUGUCGGCCUGUUCUUUUUGCGACAAGUGUUCUUUGCCAAAUUCGACAUCAAAGUCCACACGGACCAAGGCAUGCAUUUUUGUUCAUCACGAGUCCUGUGCGUUAUUUACGCCAUUGUAGAGCACGAAGACUACACGUUGCUGUGGAACCGAAUGCGUGAAGAGAUCUCGCUCGUCAAAUCCGACAAGCCCUGCCCCGGCCAAGGGUCAUUUGGCCACAUUUCUGGAGGCUACGAUGCCGGCUACUAUGGAUAUACUUACUCGCUUGUUUUCGCUUCGGACAUGUAUGCCACGGUGUUCAAAGGUGAUCCUUUAGACCCGGCACGAGGCAAACUUUAUCGCGAUAAGAUUCUCAAGUUUGGGGGCAGUCGGGAAGAGUUGGACUCGUUGAAUGACUUUUUGGGGCGUCCACCUAAUAGUGAUGCUUUCCUCAAAGAGCUGUUUGGCGAUAAACUAGCUGCACUGUAA